AUGUGUACGAGUGAUACUAUCAACAGCAACGUUCUCGAUCCUUGUCUCUCAAACACAGUUUCAGAUAACCUCUGUUCUGACUUUCAGGAUCCUUAUGGUAUUAUGUUCGGCAACAGUAGCUUCUCUCAAGACCUCUCAGAUAUGUUUUCAAGCUAUGAUCUUCAGUUUGAUGAGAGCAGUCUACUUCAGACAUCUACUCUACCAUCUCUCCACACCAUCCCUAUCAGCUAG